AUGCCCGAGCAAGUUUCCCACUCGCAAUUGCCAGAUUUUGCCCAUAACAAUACAACAAAACCAAACCACACCAAAUUGCACAGCCCGGCCAUUUUCCUGAUUCCUAAGACACGAAUUACUUUUUCUUUAGAGGAAUUCGUCGGAAAUGCCAAAGAGAAGAGAUUUCGCUUGAAGACGGAAAAAAGGGCUGAAGUAAGGAGAGAUCUGGGAAUUGUACAAGGAGAAAAUUCCAAAAGAGACGAUCUUGGCUGCAAAAAAGCUGCGGAGCCUAAGCAGUGCUUCUCUUGUCGAGAAGCGAUUGUCGUCGAGUCGAGCACGAUAGAGAGUGGAAACCAGAAACAAACAGAUAGCAUUUUGGGUCUUGACGGAUGUCUCACGGCCCUGUCGCCUUCGCUGUCUCAUUUCUGGGGAGUCGACUUAGAUAUUGAGAAGGAGUCCGACCUGAGCUUCUGCAUUUGGUACGUAGCAUUAUUAUAUUCCUCUGACUCUUCUGACGCGUUGUGGUCAGGAUACCAGUUUGUGAUUUUUGAGCUCCGAGUGCCAGACAGGGUUCGACCUGGGAUCUCGUUUUCUAUAGAUUAA